GAACAGAAAUAUAAAUAGGCGCGAUUUGGUUUUUGCACCGCCCCUUAAUAUCAACCGGAACCAAUGGAAUUACAGUCUGUCUGCUGUGAGCGCAAGUUGGCUCUGUGAUUUAUUUCUUAACUGAAACUGUGAAACCUACACGAAACCCUCCUCUCCUCUUCGUCUUCUUCUUCUCUCCUCAAACUGUUUCCAUCGUCCUCCAUCUCCUGUCAGACCCCCGCAGCACUGACCCGACAGAGGAGGGGGACUUUACCCCUGAUGGUGUUUACGCCCACCGACUGAGGUCAAUCUAGGCAGGUCUGCCGUAAAUUGUUGAUUGGAUGCCGCGGACGGACAGCCAAUUUCUCGCCAGUGCUGUUCCUGAGAGGAGAGCGAAGCUAAAUGUGAGCACCUGAAGCACCAUAGGCCUGACCAUGUUCACUGGAGCAAGAUGACUUUACCCAACAAGUCAGACGACACCUCCUCCCCCUCCUUCCCUCUCUCUUCCCUUGAACAUAAUUUCUCUGUCUAUGUCACCAAUGACCCCUCGUACUCCCCCAUAUCCUUCCCCACAUCCUCUUACUCUUUGCUGACUUCCACCAACUGCACCAGCUCUGCUUCACCCUACUCUCCACCAUACAACUUCUAUGCGGUGCUGUUAGUCCUCCUGAUCUUCUGCGUGGUGUUUGGUAAUGUGCUGGUGUGCGUGGCGGUGUCUCGAGAACGUGCCCUGCAGACCACCACCAACUACCUCAUCGUCUCACUGGCUGUUUCUGACCUGCUGCUGGCCACGCUGGUCAUGCCUUGGGGCGUAUACCUGGAGGUGGUAGGAGAGUGGCGAUUCAGCCUCAUCCACUGUGACAUCCUGCUCACCCUGGACGUCAUGAUGUGCACAGCCAGUAUCCUCAACCUCUGCGCCAUCAGCAUCGACAGAUAUACAGCGGUGGCAAUGCCAUUGCUCUACAACACCAGAUACAGCUCCAGGAGGAGGGUGGCGGUGAUGAUUUCGGUUGUGUGGUUCCUUUCUUUUGCCAUCUCCUGCCCUUUACUGUUUGGGCUGAACAACACUGCAAAUCGUGAAGGCACCACGUGCAGCUUUGCAGACCCGGCAUUUGUGGUGUACUCAUCUGUGGCCUCCUUCUACGUUCCCUUCAUUGUAACAUUGCUGGUGUACGCGCAGAUCUGCCUGGUGCUGCGCAAACGCGGCAGACGCACUGCCCCGCCACGCAGACACGGUUUGCUUGCGCAAGGUGCGGCUGAAGCAGAAGGUCACCGACACAGGAAGAAUAAGUGUACACAACCAGAAGAUGUGAAGCUGUGCACCCUGAUCCUGAGACCUGCCUCUGCAACCCCACAGCGCAAGAAAGUGAGCCUGGUUAAAGAGGCGGUGGUUCACCCUCUUGAAGUGGAGCCAGGUCAUUUCCUGCCACAGAAUGAGCAAGGUCUGGCUCCUCCGCCUCCUCCUCAGGCCUCUUCGAAAUCUGGACGACCCCGGAUCUCCCUGUCCAUCUCGGUUGGACCUGCUCCUGUUCUCCCCUCAACCGUGACACGAUCGGCUCUGACACCUCGUCCUCCCACCCUUGAGGAUGGCAUGAGGGGCCGUGAGGGAUGGAGGGAGCGCAGUGCAGGCAAAGAGAAAUGGGGCAUCACCAAGGAAAGGGUGAGAGGGAGGCUGUCACAGCAGAAGGAGAGAAAGGCGACGCAGAUGCUUGCUAUUGUGCUCGGUGUGUUCAUUAUCUGCUGGCUGCCUUUCUUUCUGACCCAUGUACUGAAGGCCCACUGCAGAAGCUGCUGCAUCUCACCCUCUCUGUACAGCGCCGUUACCUGGCUGGGAUACCUCAACAGUGCCGUCAACCCUGUCAUAUACACCACUUUCAACAUUGAAUUUCGCAAAGCCUUCAUCAAGAUCCUGCACUGCUAGUCCAAAAGGAUGAGAGGUGUCAGUUGUCCAAAAAUAAAAAAAUAAAAACGCCUGACAUCAAUUUGAGUUCUGAGGUGAGAAAGAGCUGAGUAAGAAGCAAAGAUAAAGAAGUGUGUGGCAGGUUUGAUGUGCAGAGAUGGGAAGUGAGACAAAAGAGUGGACAGCUGAUAAGUCGAAGUGGGACAAACUUUUCAGAAAGUGAAUGACAAGAGAAAUGUAACAAAUAGCUUACACAAGACUGAAGAAAGAAACUAGGAGGCAAUCACAAAAAAGCGUGUGACAAGUAGAAGACAGGUGCACAAAACACAAGCAAGCGGGAGAUAUUCAAAGAAAAGAAGACGUGUGCUGCGUUGUACAAGAUAAUACGCUUGUCAAGAGAAUUACUGAGGACCGGGAAUCUCAGAGCAGCAGCUUGACUCAAAAACUUAGCGUAAGUUGGACUCCAAGAAACGUGACUGUUUUUCCAAUUUACUGGAAGACUUAAGUCGUACUUGUAUUUUCUUGUAUCACUGACAAAAAGCACCUUAUCAGUUUACAUGUGCUUGUCUUUCCCAGAGGACUGGAAUAAGUCAGGGGAAAGGUGGGAAAACAGCUUGCGUACAGCUUAAAACUCUGACAGCCAAUGAUCAAUAAUGUUUCAUACGUCUUUUAAAAAAAAUCCCCAUUGCAUUGUGUAACAAUUAUUGAUUUGGUGACUGAGCAGUAACAGUCAAGACAGCUUUCAUGCAUUUUAGUAUGUACAGUUCUUUCUCUAAAUAAGUUGCUUAUAAAUGUAAAGGUGAGUGUUGUAAACUUUGCUUUAAAGUUUUGUGGGAUGUACAAAUAAUCAAAU